AUGAGUAAACGAGCAUCAAAACGUGCAUCGGAGUCAUCAAACAACAAUGACAUCGAGCCUCGUUCCUCCUCUCAACAUAUGAUUAUUAAAAAACAUUUUAUUGUUUUUGUAUUGGGAGAUAUUGGUCAUAGUCCGAGAAUGCAAUAUCACUCGUUAUCAAUAGCUAAAAUGAACGAGAUGAAUCAUCACGUAGAUUUUGUUGGAUUGUAUGACUCGGAUCCUCAUGAACAAGUUCUAAAUCAGAAAAAUUUGAAAAUCAAUCGAUUGGCUUCUCAAUGGUGGAAUUGGGUGAAUUAUUUCAUGAGAAUUCACUUUUUGUUUUUCUUGUUGUUUGCUCCUUUGAAAGUGAUUUUGCAAUUUCUUGUCAUGUCCAUUCAAUUAUCGUGCAUUAUUAACAGAAAUCCUUUUGGAAAAGAAUACACUCCAAAGAAAAUAUUAUUGACUCAGAAUCCUCCAGCAAUUCCUACAUUAUUUUUGUUUUGGUUAUUACAGAAAAUUCAUCUCAUUAAGCUUGAUGAGUAUAUUAUUGAUUGGCAUAAUUAUGGAUUUUCCAUUUUGGCUCUAUCAAGAAAAAACAAGUAUCUGAUAAAGUUUGCUCAGUACUUGGAGUUUAGCUUUGUUCGAGGUUGUGCGACACAUCAUUUGUGCGUAUCAGAAAAACUAAAGGAAGAUCUUGUUAAGAGACUGAAAAUAGAUCCCAAUAUUGUGACAGUAAUGUACGAUAGACCUCCUGAAAUGUUUGGAAAGAAUCUGUCAUCCAAUGAAAGAACAGAGCUUUUGGAAAAUGUGUUAAAAAUCGACACGAGCCGAAAUUUUAAGCUCAUUAUCAGUAGCACGAGUUGGACUGAAGAUGAAGAUUUUUCAGUGCUAUUAUCAUCAAUUAUUGAUCUUGAAAACAAACUUAAGGAUCUGUCUCCACCGCUUUAUUUAGAAUUUGUAAUAACAGGAAAAGGGCCUCAAAAAGAAUAUUAUCUAAAGAAAAUUGCUUCACUUAACCUUAAAUUCUGCAGAAUUCAAACUGGAUAUCUUUCAUAUUCAGACUACUCGAAAUUACUAGCAUCGAGCGAUGUUGGAGUUUGCCUUCAUUACUCAAGCUCAAAACUCGAUCUUCCAAUGAAAGUUGUGGACAUGUUCGGUAGCAAUUUACCUGUAUGUGCAAUUGAAUAUGACGCAUUACCUGAGCUCGUCAAACAUGGACAAAAUGGUUACAUUUUCAAAAACAAGAAAGAGUUAACGGAAUAUUUGGAUGAGCUGUUACUAUCUCCUGAAGGUAGUAAAAAGCUCAAAUCUAUGAAGGAACAUUUAAAACAGAAUUUUCAAACUCAUAGAUGGGACGACGAAUGGAGCAGCAAAGUACGACCAUUGCUUUAA